AUGGCUACCUUCAAAAUCUCAAGUGAAGUUGCGGAGCUUCUACCUACACUGCAAGUGGUAGUUGUGACUGCGAAAAGACUGGACAAUCGCACAGUCAAUCCAAGCAUUGCUUUUCAUGCCCAGGCCAUUGUGGACAAAACAGUCGCCCAUUUUGCCAGCAACAAUUACAUGAACGCCCAGUCACAUCCCCGCGUGGCAUUGUACCGCAACACGCUCAAAAAAGUUGCGAACGUCUCAUCCAAGAAAUACCCGCAAUCCAAUGAAUCACUGCUGAAGCGCGUAAUAAAGGAAAAGAAGGCUGGUCGGCCUAUCUCACCUGUGGUAGACUUCUACAAUAGCAUCAGCAUCGAACACGCCGUGUCAGCUGGAGCAUUUGAUCUCCCAGAGUUACGCGCUGUCAACGUGCCGCUGGAGCUCCGUCUCGCUUGUCCCGAGGACAAAUUUGUUUCUCUGGAUGCUGCCGCCGAUGCGCAGCCAGGAAAUGUGGACAAGGGGGAGAUCUUGUAUGCUCAAGGAGACAUUGUUUUGACAAGGCAUAUGGCGUGGAGGCAGAGUAAGCAGGCUCUUGUGACAGACGAGAGCACUGAAGUCAUGUUCAUGAGUGAGGUGAUCAAUGAGGGAGAGAUCGGAGCUGAACCGACAGAAUUGUCUCGUGCCAUUGCGAAAUCGUUGCAAGAUGGUCUUCGGGAUUUCUUCGGUGUCGACAGCACGGUUGCAUUUUUGGGUCAGAGUCUAGGGCAGUUGGAAAUUGGGCUGUGA